UAUCGAGGCAUCAAAACAAGCUUGUCCAGUGCGAACCUGAUUAUUGAGGUGACGACUCCAACAAACAUGGCGGCGGGAUGGAAGAAGCGACUACAGAAAGAGCUUUGCGAACUGCAAAAACGCCCGCCUAGCGGCAUGAAAAUCAACAAAGACUCAGUCUCCUCAAGCUUAGCAGUCUGGGUGAUAGAGCUCGAUGGUGCAACAGGGACCUUAUAUGAAAAUGAGAAAUUCCUUCUUCAGUUUAAGUUUGGUGCAAGAUACCCGUUUGAGUCCCCAGAGGUGACAUUCAUUGGUGGGCAUGUACCAGUACACCCGCACGUUUACAGCAAUGGACACAUAUGUUUGUCGAUUCUGACAGAUGAUUGGUCGCCAGCGCUUUCGGUAGAGGCUGUCUGUAUUAGCAUUGUUAGUAUGCUGAGUAGCUGUCAUGAAAAGAAAAGACCACCAGAUAAUAAUUUCUAUGUCAGCACUUGUCACAAGAACCCCAAAAAGACAAGAUGGUGGUAUCAUGAUGACUCUGUCUAAGUGUCUACAUCUAAUUUAGAGUAGAAAAGGAUUAGUAUUAUUCAAUUCAACAGCUAAAGGUGGGAACAAGUUUGGAAAAUUCUGCCUGAAAACUUUCUUCUUUACAUUAUCAUAAUAUUAUAGAAAAUAUAGAUGGGCUUAAAAGUACCAAGUCUCUUGACAUGUUUCCACUAAUUUAAACUAUUUAAAAAACCUGUACAUAGUUUUUAAAAACAAUAGUUCAUUUUGUUUAUUUUCCUCUUUUAUUUGAUAUAAAGAAAAAAAUGAACAAUAAAAAAAAGAGAAGAUUAUUUUAAGUACUGGAGUCAAGUAUGUUUGUCUGAGUAUAGUGUUAAGAGGGCAAGAUUGUAUCUAUGAAGAAAAAGAUUUGCAGUGCAAGUCCACUAUAAGUUGCUGUAAAUAAUUAGAUUCAACAGAAAUUCUUCUAUUGUAAUUUUUCAAAGGCAAAGUAUCAGUUGCAUUUAAAUGUUGGUUAGACAGUUUAAAUACAGUAUAUACAGCAUGACAAUUCAAAUUUACCUUGGCAAAUGCUAGAUUUGCAACAUUAAAAUGUUUCGUAAAACAC